ACUUCAAACGACCAAAACAAACAGACAUGCAGCAAAAGAUGUCAGCACUUAUUAAAUUUUGAAAACGGCUCUGUAAAAAAAUUAAGUAGAAAGCCGCCUUUAUCAUGCGGUCUUUUUACUUUUUGGCUGUUCUGCUUGCUCUUUUGGGCCAUCUUGAGGUUGAAGCUGGUGCUAAGCUCCGAUGGCAUCCCAAGUAUCGUCCUGUGGAUGUUUCUGGCCUUGAUCGAACAGAAAAUCCAUUUAUUGGAACAAUAAAUAUUGUGAAUCCUCAAGCGUUUGCUGUUCAACUAGUUGAUGAAGAUACUGAUGAAAUCAUCGAUUAUAAUGGAGAGCCAUCUGCUCAGUUGAUAUCAAGAAAUGUCACUGUAAAUUAUAACUUAGGCAUUCCUGUAGUUGAUACUUGGCUUGGUAGAUUUUGCAACCAGGAUCACUCUGAUUACACAUCAUAUCGAAGAUUUGAACAUUAUAUGCCAUAUACUUAUCAAUGUGGUGACCAAAGCAAUAACUUCACAUUGACCCAAUUCCCUAUGUGGCGCGGUGAAUAUUAUUUCAGACAUCUGCGAUUUGAAGAUAAAGGAUUUGAUGGUGAUACACGAUACAUACGAUUUAGUUUAACAUACAAUGAUACAUACUUAUACAUUGAUACUCCUGAUUUUAAAAUUUAUGACUUGGAAUUUGUACCAAAUGCAAUUGGAUUUGUGAAUACGCUACCAGAAAAUGUCACUGCAAAUACUCCAAUUACUAUUGGCCUCCGUCUUGAAAAUAAUGUUAAUCAAGUGGUAAAUGACACGUUGUAUUCAAAAAUGCAAGUUAUUACCUCCGUCAGCAUGUUACAUGGUGUUUACUAUUUUAUUGGUGGUUUGCAAGAGACACAUACUGAUUGCAUCCUAGGUGGCCCUGAUGUUUACGUUCACCCGACUAAUCAAAGGCGAAUAAAAUCUAACUUUAAUGCUGGAUUAACGAAUGUUACAUUCCAAAUGGAAGAUGUUGGUGUUGAUAUCACAAUGAAUUUCACAUUAAAACUUCACAAAUUUACUUAUCGCCGUUACCCAGAGGACGAAUAUUAUCACUUUUUUAGUGUAGCUUGUUCAUUUUUUUAUUUCGAUCUUUUCUUUGAUACAGUGACAAAACUCAAUUCAAGUCAUAUCAUGUACAAAAUGUAUCGACAUGACCAAAACUAUUUUCGAGCAACUAAACUUGUCAAUUUUACUGUAGUUGCUCAAACACCUGCAGCACUUAGAAUUGUUCCAGGUCAGAUUAUCAAUUCAAUACAAAUUGCAAAUUUUGAGUUUGAUAAUCCAAUCCAAGUGGAGUUGGUUGACGCAGCUAACAACAGAGUUACCAGUGGACCAGAUUCUAAUUUGCUUGUUCAAACUUUCUCAAACACACCUGGAGUAGAACUUUCCUAUGAUAGUGAAUUUUAUUUGGAGCGCGGUAUUGGAACAUUUCGUGGGUCAAUUUUUAAAGUGCAGUCAUCUAUCACACUUGCAUUUCGUGUAACAUCCUCAGCUGGUGUAUUAACAACGGCUGACUCUUCUCCCUUCAGUGUUUCUGGAAAUUGGAACUUUGUAAUGCAUGGAUCUGAAUCUCAAGAAGAGAUGGUGUAUGCUGCAUUGCGGCAUGGAUGGAGAUAUUAUUGGCUAGGCAUUAGAUGGGUUACAUUUCACAAUUUGACAUCAACUCAAGAGGUGUAUCAGAAGUUUGUAGAUGGCAAGAACAGUGGUGAUCAGCGAAUUAUUUGCAUGCUUGGUCCUGAUGAUGAGGCAAAACAUGCAGCGUUUGCUGCUGUUGCAGGUGCUUUUGACACUCCUGUUCUUGGAUAUUCAUCUACAGACAGUAAAUACUCAGACAAGCAACAACAUAAGUUAUAUAAAAGAGUGGCCUUCAGUGACAGCUAUCGAUAUGCAACCAUUGGAAGCGCUUUAAAAUCAAGAAAUUGGAACAGGAUGGCAGUCGUCGUUGAGAAUGGCUUCAUAUUGCCCGAUGAUUUUGUAUAUUAUUGCAAUUUGUUCAAAAUCUAUUACAUUGAGAUAAAAUUCCCAUCAGUAUCUUCAAGCUCAGAUAUGUUAUCACAGGAAGAACUUGAUUCAUUCUUCGGUAAACUAUCUGAUGCAAGGACUAAAUUGAUCUGGUCAUUUUUAACUGGACACGCCCUGACAUACGUGUUAGCUGAAUCAGCAAAACGGGGAGUAACUCCCACCACUGGAUACACUUGGUUGGGAGAAGAAAGUUUGACUCAGCAUUUUCCUUAUAACAACGAAGGCCACUGCAGUUCUUUAGUUGGCACCACAUGCACAGAAGCUUUUAGAGGAACCAUCAUGUUUAAAUCGACCUAUCCCAAUUUCGGCUUCAAGGGUACAAAUUGGGGAAUUCUUUCUGCAGAUUAUGCAAACAAAUAUUCAAAAUCGUUUAAUUUGUCUAAACUUGGGGAUGAAGAUGAAAGAACAAAGGCAAUCUUAGCUCACGAUGCAGGCGUACUGAUGGUUAUUGUGUUACGACAUUUUUUUAACAAUCACUUGACGAUGAAUGCGGAAAAAAUCUUGGGGCAUAUGGAUGCUAUUUGUGAUAGCUGUGUUGAUUUGAAUCAAUUACUUUCUGGCACCAAUAUCAAGUUUGAUGAGAACAGCGACAGAAAGAAUUACACAGCCUUCAUGCUUCAAAUUGAUCCGGUGGGAGGUGCUGUGGGGAAAGAGAACAUUCUUAAGAAAAAACGGUUUUUGCAUCUUGGAGAAUUAGCAGUGUCUAAUGUUACAGCCAAUCAUACCAUUACAGAGAUCUCAGUUGCUGGUGAAACAUUUAUCCAUUCUAAUAUAUCGACAUCAAACUGGAAUGCCAUCAGCAUGCAGAUGUUAGACACCUCAUUGAAUGCUGACUUCAGUUACACUAAUACACCUGCUACUGAAACGGUGAAAACGGAAAGCACCCCACCCGCUUUCUAUUGUACAGGUGGUUGCGGUGGUCAGUUAUUGUCUACAGAAAAUCGAGUUUAUUGGUCACAUGGAACGUGUGUAGAACAGGAUGUGUGCAGAUGUAAUAUAGAUCCACUUACUGGCAAUCCUGGCUACAUUGGUGUGAAUUGUGAAACAGCACAGUGCUCUACCUGUUUGUUCGGAACAUGUGAAGGACCCAGCAAUUGUGUCUGUGAUGCUGGUUACAUCAACUCUGCAAAUGCAUCUGAUUGUGGUGUGCCAACUUGUUUGACUCAUGGUUGUGAUUUGACUUAUGGAGAAUGUACUGCUGCUGAUUUUUGCAAAUGCCAGGAUGGGUAUUAUGGUAAAGAUUGUACUGGCAAAUGUGAUUGCCAAAAUGGUAAAUGCAGUGAUGGUGAAAGUGGCUCUGGACAGUGUACUUGUGAUGCUGGGUAUAUCGGAUCAAAGUGCAGCACGCAUCAAGCUAUCAUUAUAGCACCUACCUUUAUUGGAAUCGUGUUGUUGCUGGCGCUUCUCUUCGUGGUGGGUCGCUACAAGUACAGACAUAUGCAAAUGAUGGCAGACUUGAUGAGCACUGAUUGGAAAGCUGAUUGGGACAACAUUCGAAUGCGACAAAAAAUGCAAAAAAGCAGCAUGAAAUCGUUGGUCAGCAUGAUGAGCAUGAUGUCGGCGAAGAGUAACAACAAAGAAGAGAAGGUCGUGUGUCAAAACCAGGGCAUGUGGAACGGUAGGGAAAUUGUUGCAAAGAUGAUUCGAAAAGAUGAUAUUGAACUUACCGAUGAAAUUCGCUGGGAAAUCAAACAGAUGAAAGAUUUGAAACAUCCGAAUUUGUGCCCCUUUGUUGGUGCGUGUAUCGAGUCGCCUAACAUUUGCAUUUUGAACGAAGUGUGUGGUAAAGGUAGCUUGGAGGAUCUUCUUGGCAAUGACAGUGUUGAACUUGGAUGGAAUUUUAGAUACUCCAUGUUGAAGGAUAUAUGCCGUGGAAUGUCAUACCUAGGAAAAAGUGAUAUCAAAUCCCAUGGUCGAUUGAAGUCGUCCAACUGUUUGGUCGAUAACAGAUGGUGCGUUAGACUUGCCGAUUAUGGAUUGAAAAGUUUCAAGGCAGACCAGUAUGGUAUUCGAAUGUUUUCACCGAGCACUGGGAUGGGUGUUGAAUUACCACGUCCUGAAGAAAUGGAAGGCUGUGAUUAUUACAAUCUGUUAUGGACCGCCCCUGAAAUUAUUGCCACUGGUGUCUCCCAUCCGAAUCAUGUUGGAUAUGGUACCAUUACUGGGGAUGUUUACAGUUUUGCUAUCAUCCUUGUCGAAAUGUGCACGCGACAUCAUCCUUUCCAUGAAUUAGAUCAUCUGGCGCCCUAUGAAAUUGUGCAAAUGGUUGGACGGCUAAUCCCUCUUGAUAAAAGAGCCAAGCUUUCGAGUUGCAAAGACGCGGAUGGGUUGGCUAUUGACGUUUUAAGACCAGAGGUUGCUGAAGACUGCUUGCCUGUGGAAACCGAACAAGCUACUGGAUUGCAAAACUUGAUUGAAGCUUGUUGGAAUCAGGAUCCUACUUGCCGACCAACGUUCGAUGGAUGUAUGAAACUUCUCAAUAAAAUUAAUCCGCAUCGAGGCGAAUUGAUGGAUAACUUGAUUGUUCUCAUGGAACACUACACGAACAGUUUAGAAGCGAUUGUUGCUGAAAGAACGUGCGAUGUAAAGGAAGAGAAAGAAAAGGGAGAUCUAUUGUUAAGUAAAAUGCUGCCGCCAUUAAUUGCUGAAGAAUUGAAAUCUGGAAGUAAACCUGUGCCGGAAUAUUUCAACUGUGUCACUAUCUAUUUCAGCGAUGUUGUUGGAUUCGGAAAACUAUGUGCCGAUUGUUCUCCGUACCAAGUGGUUGAACUGUUGAAUGAACUCUACUCUGUUAUGGAUGACGUCAUGGAUUCUUUUGAUUGUUAUAAAGUCGAAACGAUUGGAGACUGCUACAUGGUCGUAUCUGGUCUUCCCGUUCGUAACGGCGACAAUCAUGCUGGCGAAAUCGCAAGUAUGGCUUUACAACUGUUGACAACAUAUAAUGGAGUUGGUUAUAAACAUUUGGACGGCUCGCAAGUUCAGCUUCGUAUUGGAAUGCACUCAGGACCGUGUGUUGCUGGCGUUGUUGGAUUAAAAAUGCCGCGAUAUUGUCUGUUUGGAGAUACUGUAAACACUGCUUCACGUAUGGAAAGUGGUGGAUUCGCUUUAAAAAUUCAUCUAUCUGAAGAUACGUAUAAGAUCUUGGAAUCAUUGGGUGGCUACCAGUUCGAAUGUCGAGGUGAACGACAGGUUAAAGGACGUGGUGCGAUGACAACAUACUGGCUUACUGGUAAAGAAGGUGGCGAUUACAACCUGCCAUCGGAAGACUUGGCUUUGUCUGCUUCCCAACACGACUUCAAAUAAUUUUUUUUGUUACUUAUUUAUUGUUUUAUUGUUUUUUGAUUUAGUUAAAUAAAAAAAUUGUAAAUGUUUAAUUGUAAAUAAUGGUAAAAUUUAA